AUGUCUCAUCCACUUGCGAUUCUGUCCAUCGAGGAGACAAAUUUGGCCCGCGAUGUGGUCAAAUCUGUCCACCCCGACGUAGUCAUUGACUUUCGGGAGAUCUUCUUGCAGGAGCCACCGAAGGAACAACUGGUGGAGUUUCUCGCCAUCGAACACGCUGGACGCCUAAGUCCUACCACUCCUCGUCCUCCGCGUCUGGCGCUCUGUCAAUACGAUGUGAUCGGGUCCGAUCGCAUUCCCCAAUUUCAUGAGUCAGUUAUUGACGUGGUUUCUCGGUCGCGUGUUAAACACACCGUAGUGGGGAAAGAGCACCAUGCCAGUUUGACUCUGAGCGAGUUUGAUGUCCUCGUCGACCGGUGCAUGCAGUCACCGCUCUUCCAAAAAGCCCUGUCCGAAUUCGAUCUUCCAACCGGAUUCGAAGUUGUCAUUGAGCCGUGGCCCUAUGGGGGGUUGGAUCACACCGAUGAGAACAGACGUUUCUUCCAAGGCCUUUGCUUUGCCCAAGAUAAGCGGAAUGGGAACGAAGACUCUAACUUUUAUUCCUUCCCGCUGCCUAUCAUCCCAGUCAUGGAUGCGCACACCCAGGAGAUCAUCCGCGUGGAUCGACCUGCCACGGGCGGAAAAGGCGAUGGACUUCUGGAACAAACUUUCAAGCGGGAUAUCAUUGGGCACUGCAAGCCAUCCGAAUACGUGCCGGAGCUCAUGCCAGAGGGAACUCGCAAGGAUCUCAAGCCACUAAAUGUCGUCCAACCGGAGGGCCCAUCAUUCCGCGUCACAAAUGAAUCACUGGUUGAAUGGCAGAAAUGGCGGUUCCGUGUCGCCUUCAACCCGCGGGAGGGCGCUACGAUCCACGACCUGUCCUACGAUGGCCGCAGCGUCAUGCACCGAUUGGCGAUCAGCGAAAUGACCGUUCCUUAUGCAGACCCUCGCCCACCAUUCCACCGCAAGCAGGCAUUUGACUUUGGCGACGGCGGUGGUGGAAACAUGGCCAACAACCUCUCUCUGGGCUGCGAUUGCCUGGGAGUAAUCAAGUACUUCGAUGCCAUCAUAACGCAGGCCGACGGAACUGCCCAAAAGCUCCCCAAUGCAAUUUGUCUUCAUGAACAGGAUAAUGGCAUUGGUUGGAAACACUCCAACUGGCGCACUGGUCGCGCUGUCGUUACGCGUAAUCGCGAGCUGGUGGUUCAGUUUAUCAUUACCCUGGCGAAUUACGAGUACAUUUUCGCUUACAAGUUUGACCAAUCUGGAGGUAUUGUUGUCGAGGCUCGCGCGACCGGUAUCCUGAACGUCGUGAAUAUCGAUGCAGGCAAGGUCAGCGAAUACGGUAAUGUUGUCUCUGGUGGUGUGCUAGCACAGAACCAUCAACACAUCUUCAAUGUCCGGAUUGACCCUGCCAUUGAUGGACAAAACAACUCUGUGGUCGUGGAAGAAUCCCAUCCCGUCCCCAUGAAUGCGGUCACAAAUCCCAACGGAAACUUCUAUCAGGUCACUAAGCAGACGGUCGAGCGGGCAUCCUGGAUUGAUGCCGCUCCCCAGUUGAAUCGCACGAUCAAAAUGAUCAACCCUAACAAGAAAAACCCCAUCAGUGGCAACCCGGUGGGAUACAAGUUCAUUCCACAGGCGACUCAGAACCUCCUCGCCGAUCCGGAAUCUGUGCAAGCGCGGCGUGCCCAGUUCGCACAGCACCACGUGUGGGUGACGAAGCACCGUGACGGAGAACUCUACGCUGGUGGCCGGUAUACAUUGCAGAGUCAAACGGAAGUUGAAGGUGUUGCAGACGCAGUGCGUCGUGGAGACUCCGUGGUUGACACUGAUGUGGUGGUCUGGAACUCCUUUGGAAUCACUCACAACCCACGGGUAGAGGAUUGGCCUGUCAUGCCCGUCGAGAUAUUCCAGCUUAUGAUCCGACCCGCGGACUUCUUCGUGGCUAAUCCUUCGAUUGACGUGCCAUCCAACAAGAAUGGGUCAUCACGUCUUGCGGAUGCGGAAUGCUGCAGAAAAUCCCAUAUUUGA